AUGGCGGGAAAAUAUGACGAAGAAUGGUUAGAGAGGGAAUUUGUAGGAUACGGUUAUACUUCUCCUGAUCCAAAAUGGCCAGGAGGUGCUAAGAUCGCUGUCAAUUUCUUGAUUCAAUAUAACAUGGGUGCUGAACUAAACCCAGCCGAAGGAGACGAAUACGCAGAUGGACAUCUCCUUGAGAUCCCUAGGAAAACACCAACCACAGAGAGAAGUGACAUGUUAGAAUCUCAAAUAGAGUUCGGGGCUAUGAUGGGGGUUCCUCGUUUGCUCGCUUUGUUCAAAAAAUAUAACAUGCCAUGCACUUGGAACAUUUACACCCGCGCGCUUGAACAAGCUCUUUAUUGGGUUAAACCUAUCCUCGAAGCAGGUCACGAAAUGUCUUUAGGUGGACAUCGUUGGUGGAAUAACAUGGAUAUCUCUCCUGAGACGGAAGAUGAAUUGAUCAAUCUCAGUAUUGACAAGUUGCAAGAGUUGACCGGUGAUAAGACUUUGCCCAAAGGAUGGUUCAUGGAUCGUCGUUCGAACAUCUCUACCAAACUUUAUUCCCUUGCUCAUUCUACAAGAAACCUUCCUCUCCUUUACUCAUCCGAUUCUCAAACGGAUGAUUUACCAUACUACCAACCAUCACUAUCAGGUGAAUCAGAAGGACUCUUAAUGUUACCAAUGUCUUACGAUACAUCCGAUUGGAGGUUCAACGGUAAAGGUUCAGGAUGGGCGUCACCAAAAGAUUUCGCAACUUAUCUCAUUGAUACUUUUGAUUGUUUAUACGCCGAAGGAUCAAGAGGAGAAGGGAGGAUGAUGACUGUUCUUUUACAUCCUCAUAUUAUCGGAAGAGCGACUAGAACUUCUUGGUUUGAAGGUUUUUUAAAGUAUAUAAGUGAGAAAGAAGGUGUUUGGGUAGCUACUAGGGAAGAAAUCGCUAAUCAUUGGAAAGAGACUUUUCCUUAUGAUAAAAAGAAAGCUUUUGGACAGACUGGUCAAGCUCCUUGUGGACAGAUACAUUUCCAGUAG